CGAGUGAGCGCGUACAGAGCCGGACACUUGUCCGGGCACGCCACAAUCGUGCUCAUCUUGAGUUUUAAAACUCUUCCUGUGUAGGAGUACUCAUACAGGAAAGACUAAAAAGGACGCACUUAGGCAAGACUCUCCAAAACAGAAAAAGAACACAUCCUGGAAACCAGAAGCUGAAGAACUGAUAUUGUCAUGGUCUGGAUUGGAAACAGAAACAUCUGAUGCAGUAAAAUGUAAAACAAGGGUGCUGCCAAGUGAAGAUUUGCCUAUGCCCUCAUCUGGGCAUCAACAAGAACAGACUGUGUCUCCAAAAAAGUCUCUCAAGUCUUCCAAGAAUCUGCAGUCAGCUUCAAAAGCUUCUCAGCAUUUAGAUAAGAGGAAACAAACUGCUAAGCAGGAACUUCCUAAGGUUAAAGUAGCUAAGGAAGUGGCGUUAAGUUCAAGGAAGGAGCUUAAAAAAUCUGUCCAGAAAAGUAGUAGUAAAAGACCUCAGUUGCAAAGAGAGAAGAGUUCUGACAGUGAACCUAGUGAAGAAGAGCAUGAAAGAGAGCCUGUAGAUUUGAAAGAUGUGUGUACCACGCCCUUGCGUCAGAAAUUAGAGACUCCCGUGAUUCAGAAAUUGGCUGUGUCUGAAAAGCCUAGAAAUGUGUUGCACACAUUGGAGUCACCUGGUGGUGCAAAUAACCAAUCUCCUGUGAAAGCACUACAGCAUCCCAUGGACAGUGUGAAGAAUUCAGAAAAGAAGCAGUUGCCAGCCAAGUAUUCAGGGAAGAUACCCGGAAAGAUUCCUUGCAGAACCAAUAAAGCUGUUUACUCAAACCCUGAGGACACUGAGUCUCAAACAGAUUCUGACAGCUCUUCUGUACAGAACAUGGCAAGGAAAAACCAGAAGUUAUCAGAUGUAAAAAUAAAAAAUAACAAAAGAAAACGGAACAGGCAACAUGGACCACAAUAUUCCUUUGUGGCUGAGAAGGCUGUGAACUAUGAAAGUGGGCCUGUUCUAGAACAUUGUGAUAAAUUUGAUUCCAGCACUAAGUCUUGUGAACAGUAUGAUACAUCAUCAGAGACUUUUGAUGACUUGAAUUACAAAGUGAGAGAUCCAUUGUCAGACAACAUAGCAAGGCAUAAAAUAGGAGCUGAGCAAAGGGUUGCAUUUGGAGAGUUUACUGUAAGAUCACUGCUGCAACCUAUGAAGAAAACACUGCCUUGUCUGGCUUCACCAACAAGAAAACGCUUGCUCGCCAGAAACGCCCCAGGCUGCCAAACCAACUGCACCAAAAAGACAAAGCUUCCUGCCUAUCUUUCCUGCUGAAAAAGGCAGUCUUCUCCUGUUUUCAGCCCUGCUUCCCAACUGAUAGCCCGAUUCGCAAAAUUGCAUAUAAACAAAUAUUCCUCCCAGACUACAGAUGCCAGCACAGAAACUCUUGAUGUGCAUGGAGCCUCCAGUCUGACAAAACAACUACACCACAAAGCCAACGCUUGCAGGCUUUCUUUCCUGGCGAUAAGGGCUAUUGUUUCCUGUUUUCAGA